AUGGAACGUGAGAAGGAGCGGCGGGUGGCCAACAACGCGCGCGAGCGCCUCCGGGUGCGGGACAUCAACGAGGCGUUCAAGGAGCUCGGGAGGAUGUGCCAGCUGCACCUAAGCCACGACAAACCUCAGACCAAACUUCUCAUCCUGCACCAGGCCGUCAACGUCAUCCUCAACUUGGAACAGCAAGUCAGAGAGCGCAACCUUAACCCCAAGGCAGCAUGUUUAAAACGCCGCGAGGAGGAGAAGGUGUCUGGCGUGGGGGGGGACGCGCCCAUGCAGCUCUCGGGGGGCCAUCCUGGUAUGGGAGGAGAUGGCCACAACCCAGUUGGCCACAUGUAA